CUGUUUUUGGCAGUCAUGCAUCGGAUGCUGAGACGCGUCGUGCUUGGUUGACUUAGCUCCACUCGGGAGAAUACACACACAUACAGUAUUGGCCCACACAAAAGGCCAAACUUCCGUGCCCUGAGAGCAUUGAGUUAAAAAAGAAGAUUGGCAAAAUUGCCUGGGAAACCGGGAGAGAAUUGUUGAGGCUUUUGUUUUUUAAUGCAAGUUCAUUUUACUUACCCAUUCAAUUCCCACAAUAUCAAGCAAUCCCAAUUCACACUCCGCUACCCUCAUCUGCUCCCGGUCACCUUUUCCAGAUAACCUCCUAUUCCGAUCGGAUCCCACUCUAUUGCUCAAAAUGGCACCCACAGCUGUGCAAAAUGGUGGUAGUGCCGGACAAGAAUUGAGCAAGGCAAUAGAUGAAAUCGGCGUUCAAUUAACUCUAUCAAAAGAUGUUCUCGAUAAAAUCCUCGAAAGGUUUCAUGAAAGAAUGUUUCAUGGACUUGCAAACGAUAAUCAAAAUAUGUUGAUGAUACCAACUUUCGUUACCGGUGUUCCAGAUGGAAGUGAAAAAGGUACAUAUUUAGCAUUGGAUUUAGGUGGAACAAACCUACGUGUUUGCGAAGUCAUCCUAGACGGAAAAGGAAGCUUUACGAUGAAACAACAAAAGUAUAAAGUUUCAGAUGAACUCAAAAGAGGAAAAGCAAAGACUUUGUUCACCUUUAUUGCACAAAGCGUAAAGACCUUUUUGGAAUCUGAGAGUAAGACCGGUUCAGCUUCGUCUGGCGAGGAACUGCUUUUGGGAUUCACGUUCAGCUUCCCGUGCGAACAGACUGCAAUCGAUCAAGGAACACUGAUCAAAUGGACAAAAGGAUUCGAUGCAGAUGAUGCAAUCGGACAAGAAGUUGUUGGAUUAUUACAAAGCUGUCUGAAUGAAUUGGGAGUAAAAGUACGUGUGAAUUCGCUCGUGAACGAUACAGUCGGUACAUUGCUAGCACACGGAUAUCAAUCCAAAGGACCGGCUUUGUUGGGAGGUAUCUUUGGAACUGGUACAAAUGGCGCUUAUGUUGAGCUACGGAAAAACAUCACAAAGUUGCAAGUGGAUGAUCCAUUAGAACCUGCUCCAACAUACAUGAUCGUGAAUGCUGAAUGGGGAGGUUUUGACGAUGAACGUGCAAUUUUGCCUGUUACGCCUUUUGAUAAUCAAGUGGAUCGGGAAGCAAUUCGACCUCGCCAUCACGCUUUUGAGAAGAUGAUCAGUGGAAUGUAUCUAGGUGAAAUUUCGCGUAUGAUAAUCUUAUCCCUUGUGGACAGAUUAUUGCUAUUCAAGGGAUUCUCUUCCGUCAAAAUGAACACUCAAUAUGCUUUCGACACAGCGUACAUGUCCGCCAUCAUGGACGAUAAGAAGGAUGCCUCGGAUAAUAGUUCACCAACAUACAAAGUUCUAGCAGAGACUAUGGAGAUCAAACCGGAGAAUAUCAGCGCAGAGGAUAUCAAGGCUGUGAGAAGGGUAUGUGAUAUUGUCGGAAAACGUGCUGCAAGAUUGAGUGCGGUUGCAGUCGCAGCAGUGAUCAAACAUCAUCAAGAAGAAGUUUCGCCCGAUAAUAAGGAAGAGGUGUACAACUUGGGUGUAGACGGAUCUGUUGUGGAAUAUUUACCAAACUUUUUGGAUUGGGUAAGAGAAGCAUUACGCGAAAUGGUUGGAACGGAAACAGAGAAAAAGACAAAAUUCGGCUUUGCCAAAGAUGGAAGUGGUAUCGGAGCUGCUUUAUGCGCUCUACAGGCCAGUAAACAAGAAAAAGAUCAUCAUCAUCCUCAUUUGCACAAGAAUUAAAAAAUCGCAAAUUAACCGUAAAAAGCUGCUUGCAUUGCUGUUGUAUGUAUUCGAAUUCUUUGAAAUUAUUAUUACGAUAUCUCAACGGAUCAAAUUGAUUUAGUCAUUCUCGCAUUAUGUGAAAAAAUAAGUACAGUACAUUCUCGCAAAAACAAACAUCAUAAUUCGUCAUGUCUAUGGGUUGCUUGCGGUUGAUUGUCUAUUGCUGAAGUUGUUGCUACCACAUUUGCAUCCAAUCU